AUGGCUACCCCCAGUGUCCUCACCUUUGACGCUGAGGGCAGAGCCAUUGACUUUGACGUGUGGGUAGACGACCUACUGCUUUUCCUACAGUGCGACAGAGCUGACGGCCUCUCUCUCUUUGAUCUCACUUCUGGUGCCUCUCCCGCCCCUGCUGCUACUGAGGAUGCCACUGUUCGCUCAGUGUUGGCCACACGCGAUGCUGCUGCACGUCUUGCUGUGCGUCGCCACCUCCCUCCCUCUGAGCGUGCACACUUUGGGUCGUACAAGAGUGCUCAGACCUUGUACGACGCCGUUAUUGCACGCUACUCCACCCCUGCCACUGCUGCACUGAGCCGCCUCAUGCUACCGUACCUCUUUCCCGACCUUGCUUCUUUUGCCACAGUCGCCAACCUCAUCACCCACCUGCGCACUAGUGACGCUCACUUCCGCGCUGCGCUUCCUGCUGAGUUCUGCGCCAAGAACCCCCCCCCCCCCCAGUACUUCACUCUCUACUACAUUGUCACCCGCCUCCCUGACUCCCUCCGCGGAGUCAGGGACGACUUACUCUCAGUCUGCCCCACCACUCUCACUGUUAACAUCCUCGAGAAGUCCCUCCUAGCAGCCGAGAAGAGCAUUCUCGCUGUAGGGGCCUCUCGUGGUGACCCGCGCACCCCCAUCUUUGAGGGGUGUUCCCCCUCCCCCCUCCUGCCCUCUGUCGCCUCUGCUGCUACGGCCGACCUCGUUGGUUUUGAGUCGGUCGGUGCGGCGUCUGCCCCCAGUGGGAGACGUCGCUCUGGCAAGGGCAAAGGGGGCAGGAGCGGUGGUGGAGGCGGCGGGGGCGGUGGGAGCGGCGGUGGAGGCAGCGGAGGAGGUGGGGGUGGUAGCGGGAGUGGUGUCGGGAGUGGAGGUGUCAGCGGCGGCAGUGGAGGCGGGGGUGGCAGCGGCGGUGGUGGUGGGAGUGGAGGCGGAGGCGGCGGUGGCGGCAGCGACGGUGGGAGUGGCGGUGGCAGCGGAGGUGGUGGCGGCGGCGGCGGAGGAGGCGGCGGAGGAGGUCGUGGCUCGUCGCAGAGGAGUGGCUCCGGUGGCGGUCAGCGCCAACAGCAGCGUGGUCAGGAGACCCUCUCCCCGCAGCAGCUCCGUGAGUGGUACGCUGCACGUCAGAGGGGUGGGGGUACUGGUCCGUGCACCUACGUCUUGCGCACGGGCGACCGUGCGGGUGAGCCGUGUGGUGGUCCACACCCCGCCCAGCGCUGCUUCGGCCGCCUGACUGACGCUUGGCGCCGCCAGUUUCCUGACGCCUCUGAGAUCCCUCGCUGGGACCAGCUGUCUAGGGCAGGAGUAGCUAUCUUUGAUCUUGACUUUGAUGCUAUUCUUGCUGCCAUGUAUGCUGUGACUAUUAGUGAGGAGGGUGACUGUUACCGGUGUUUCCCGCCCGACCUGGGCAUUGGUACUGCGGCUCUAGGUGCUGUUGAGGCUGCUGCUCCAGGUGCUGGUGAGGCUGUCGCUCUAGGUGCCAGUGAGUCUGUGUCCUCAGGUGCUGGUGAGUCUGCUCUCUCAGGUACUGCGUCGGCUCCGCCCUCUCUCACCUUCACUCUUGACUCAGGGGCGUCUCGCUCCUUCUUUCGAGACCGCACCACACUCACGCCGCUUAGUCGGCCAGUGGCGGUCUCCCUGGCGGACCCCUCUGGGGGUCCUGUUCUGGCUCGCUACUCCACUGUCCUGCCGUGCCUUGCGGUCCCGUCUGGCGCCCUGUCCGGUCUCUACCUCCCCUCGUUCUCUACGAACUUGGUGGCGGGUGCUGACCUACAGGAUGCAGGGGUCGACCAGUUCACCCCUGCACGCCGACGGGACACUCACUGCACGGACGCGGACACGGGUCGACACUUGACCACGUUCACACGUGGGCCGGGGUCGAGCCUGUACACACUCACUGUUCCGUCUCCUCCUCCUGCGUCUGGUCAGGUAGCUGCGUCGGGUGAGGUGUUUGCUGCAGCGUCCAGGUCUGGUCCUGAGUCUGCCCCCUGCUCGUGUCGCCUCCUGUCCCACGAGACCCUCCUGUGGCACCACAGGAUGGGUCACCCCUCCCUGCCUCGUCUCCGGGGCAUGGCCUCUCGCCUUCUUGUCUCUGGCCUUCCCCGGUCCCUCCCUCCUCUUCCUCCGGGACCUGGCCCUCCCUGUGUCCCCUGUGUCGAGGGUCGCCUGCGGGCUACCCCUCACUCCUCCCCGUUCCCUCCGACGGAGGCCCCGAUGCAGACGCUUCACAUGGACGUGUGGGGCCCAGCCCGCGUCUGUGGACAGGGUCACGAGCGCUACUUCCAGCUGGUGGUUGACGACUACUCACGUUACACCACAUUGUUCCCCUUGCGCAGCAAGGGUGAGGUCACUGAGGUGUUGAUCGCCUGGAUCCGCGCAGCUCGUCUCCAGCUCAGGCGGAGCUUCGGCUCGGACUUUCCUGUCUUGCGUCUGCACUCGGACAGAGGCGAAGAGUUCUCCUCCGGCCUUUUGCGAGCCUACUGUCAGGCACGAGGCAUCCGCCAGACCUUCACGCUUCCGGACUCUCCACAGCAGAAUGGGAUUGCUGAGCGCCGCAUCGGCAUUGUCAUGGACGUCGCCCGUACGUCCAUGGUGCAUGCGGCUGCCCCCCAUUUUCUGUGGCUGUUUGCGGUGAGGUACGCCGCACAUCAGAUCAACCUUCAGCCCAGGGUGUCCAGAACGGAGACCUCCCCAGCUUUGCUGUGGACGGGGAAGGUUGGCGAUGCGUCGGCGUUCCGUGUCUGGGGAUCUCGGGCGUUUGUCCGCGACUUGUCUGCGGACAAGCUGUCCCCUCGUGCUGCUCCUUGCGUCUUCCUGGGUUUCCCCCCUGACGCACCUGGGUGGCAGUUUUACCACCCCACCUCUCGUCGUGUUCUGUCCUCCCAGGACGUCACGUUCGACGAGUCGUUUCCCUUCUACCGGCUCUUCCCCUACCGCACUCCGUCCCUCCCCCCCCCGCCCCUCUUCCUGGUCCCAGGUCCCCCCCCGGUAGACCCCCUCCCCCCUCAGGGUCCUGCCCCUUCAGGUGUGUCUCAGGUAGACGCGGUCGAGCCUGUCGAGGUCACUGGUGACUCUGGUGCUGCUGCGGGUGCGGAGCCUCGGGGUGCUGAGACUGGGGGUGCGGAGACUGGGGGUGCUGAGCCUGGGGGUGCUGAGACUGGGGGUGCUGAGCCUGGGGGUACUGAGCUUGGGGGUGCUACGACUGGGGGUGCUGAGCCUGGGGGUGCUGAGCCUGGGGGUGCUGAGCCUCGGGGUGCUGAGACUGGGGGUGCUAAGCCUGGGGGUGCUGAGCCUGGGGGUACUGAGCCUGGGGGUGCUACGACUGGGGGUGCUGAGCCUGGGGGUGCUGUGCCUGGGGGUGCUGAGCCUAAGGGUUCAGCGUCUGGGAGUGCUGCGCCUGCUGCUUCUGUUCCUGGUGGUUCUCCAGACCGUUCUUCGCGCCGCGAGCCGCUCUCUCCUCUGGAGCUGCGUGAGUGGUUUGCCCGGCGCUGGAGGCGAGCUGCUGGAGCCGGGGGUACUGCGGGUGCUGGAGUUUCCGUUGCUGCCGAGGGAGCUGGUACCACGGUUCCCGGAGGUGCUCGUACUUCGGGUACUGGAGCUGCCGGGCCCGGGGGUGCCUCUGGAGCUGGAGCUUCUGCGGGUGCUGGAGCUGAGGCUACGACUGUCGGUCCUACUGCGGGUCCUUCUGCAGCUGCUGGUGGUGCUGGAGUUGGAGCUGCUACUGGUGCUGGUGCUGCCUCUGGAGGUGAUGGUGCUGUCCCUGCUGUCUCUGGCGGUGCUGCGCGGCCUCGGCCGUACUUCGUUCCGCUCCUUCAGCAGGUUCUUGGUCUCCCGCCUUCCACUGGUCCUUCUCCUCCCGUAGAGUGUCCGCAGCCUGUCCCGUCACGGUCGCAGUUACAGCCCACCUCUCCUCUGCCUUCUCCUUCUCCCUACGCUGGUCCUACUGGAGGUCUUGCUGAGCGUCGUGAGCCUGCGUCCCGCCCUGUGUCGCCAGUCCGAGCUGCUCGCACUAGUGGUCGCGCUUCGCGUCCGCGUCCUCCUCCUGUCCCUGGCACGCACCAGAUGUCUCUGCGUCCGUCCACUGCUCCUCUGCGUGCCCCUUUGCCUUCUCCUCCUCAGUCUUCUCUUCCUACUCUUGCCGACCCGGAGUCGGACUCUCUUCGUGCUGCCAGUCCUACUGUCACGCGUCUUCUUGCUACUCUUGUCACUGACCCUUCCUUUGAGUCCGCUGCUGCGUCUGCCCUAGUUGCUGAGCUGGUCGACUUUGCUGCUGCGUGUCGUCUGGACUACGCUGCCAGUCUUGUUGCUGAGUCUGCUGAGUCUGCGUCUGCGUCUGCCUGUCCUCCGUCCGUCGUGGGUGACUGUGCUCUUGGCACGGACGUCCUUGAGGACAGGCAGGAGGAGUUCCAGUGCUUUGCCGCCGCUUUGCCCCAUCUUGUGUCCAUGCUUGUUGCCCCUGAGGGAGACCCGGAUGCUCUAGACAUCCCGACCCCACGCUCUUACGCAGAGGCGAUGGCCGGUCCCUACUCCUCUCAGUGGCAGUCAGCCAUGGACGCAGAGAUGGCUUCCUGGAAGUCCACAGGCACCUACGUUGACGCUGUUCCCCCUCCUGGGGCGAACAUUGUCAGUGGCAUGUGGAUCUUCAGGGUGAAGCGGCCGCCGGGUUCUCCGCCUGUCUUCAAGGCGCGCUACGUGGCUCGUGGCUUCAGACAGCGACAGGGAGUUGACUUCUUUCAGACCUUCUCCCCGACCCCGAAGAUGACCACUCUUCGGGUUCUACUGCACGUCGCUGCUCAGCGUGACUAUGAGCUACACUCUCUUGACUUCAGCACUGCUUUCCUGCAGGGCCGCCUGCACGAGGAGAUCUGGCUGCGCCGCCCUCCUGGCUUCACUGGGUCGUUCCCUCCUGGUACCCAGUGGAGCCUCCGGCGGCCAGUCUACGGUCUCCGCCAGGCGCCGCGUGAGUGGCACGACACACUGAGGACUACACUUGCGGCUCUUGGGUUUGCUCCUUCUACUGCUGACCCGUCGCUGUUUCUUCGCACCGACACCUCGCUGCCGCCGUUCUACAUCCUCGUGUACGUCGACGACUUGGUCUUUGCCACUGCGGACACUGCCGCACUCGCCCACGUGAAGUCCGAGCUGCAGAAGAGACACACGUGCACAGACCUGGGUGAACUGACAAGCUAUCUUGGCUUGCGGAUCACCCGGGACAGAGCACGCCGCACCAUUACCCUGACUCAGUCACACAUGGUGCAGCAGGUCCUUCAGCGCUUCGGCUUCACGUACUCCUCGCCCCAGUCCACUCCUCUGCCUACGGGACACUCGCUCUCAGCUCUGCCUUCGGAUGAGUCCGUAGAGUCGAGUGGUCCGUAUCCAGAGCUUGUGGGCUGCCUCAUGUACCUGAUGACUUGCACUCGACCUGACCUCGCAUACCCUCUCAGCAUCUUAGCACGCUAUGUUGCUCCCGGCCGUCACCGGAAGGAGCACAUGGAUGCAGCUAAGAGGGUGUUGCGCUACUUGUGCAGUACGUCGGGCAUGGGGCUAGUGCUUGGAGGGCGUGAGCGGCCUGUGCUCACUGGGCACUCAGACGCUUCUUGGGCUGACGACCAGGCUACUCAGAGGUCCUCCAGCUGUGAGGCUGAGAUCUACGCCACGGCCAUGGCUGCCCAGGAGCUUCGCUGGCUCACCUACCUGCUGACUGACCUUGGAGAGCGGCCUCGUUCUCCUCCAAUGCUGUAUAUCGACAACAAGGCAACCAUUGCCUUGUGUGAGGAGCACAGACUGGAGCACAGGACGAAGCACAUUGCUCUGCGCUACUUCCUUGCUCGAGAGCUGCAGCAGCGUGGUCAGCUUCGCCUGCGUUUUGUGGCCACUGAGGCCAACACUGCUGAUGUGUUCACCAAGGCACUUCCGCCUCGUGACCAUCAGCGCUUUUGCACUCUGCUAGGCCUUGUGCCCACUGGGCCUCACAUGCUUACCUCUUGA